GGAGGCCCAGUGCGCAGUUGCAUCCAGCUAAGUGAAGCGAAUCCUUGUUGGCUUUCUGGGUGGAAGAUCAAGUCUUGAUAACAAAUCGGAUAUAAAAAAAAAAGUAUUCACGAUGGUGUCUGCAAAUAUUAUUGUUUUUUGCAUAAUUUCGCUAAACCUUUGGGAGUGCCAUUGUUCUCCCCUUCCGUGGGAAUUAGCCAGCAUCACGGACGACGGUCCCGACGUGCACGACUACGUAAACUAUGACGAUCUGUCGUUCAGCAAGGAGUCCGGUGUCUUCGAAGCCGUAACGGAAACCAACCCAAACCAGGAAGAUCAACCCAUCCACGUCCACGCGGUUGUGAAGAGGAGUGACGUGCUUGUUCCCAGAUUACAGUCCAUUGCCCUGCUCAUCCCGGCAUCGGCGGCGUCUGCGACGUCGGUUUCGGCAGACGAAAGUGACAUGGAAGUCGCCGAGACGCACCUGUUCCGGCCCGUGUUUCGGUACAAAUCGCAAUACACCGAGAGGAGACGUGUCCGACAGCUGCCGGGACAGUUUGGUGCGGUGAUAGUGCAGUAAAUGUUGUUGUUGUGCUAUGAUCUGUUUAGACUUAAUUAUCGUCAUUAGACUCCAUUUGUAAACAAGUCUCGCUAGGUGUCAUUAUUUGUGCAAUAAAAUGUAAGAAUAAGCGAUUUAAAA